AUGGUGGCCGCUUCGAAACCCGUCAUCCCACAGAACGACAAUGUCGCGCAUGCUCUCGCGGGCGCGGGCGGCGGCGUUCUAUCCAUGAUUCUCACCUACCCCCUAAUCACCCUCUCCACCCGCGCCCAAGUAGAAUCCACCCGCGCCUCCACCGCCUUCCUUACAGCAGUGCGACAAAUCAUCGCACGGGAAGGCGUAUCAGGCCUCUAUGCCGGGCUUGACAGCGCCGUCUUCGGCAUCAGCGUGACCAACUUCGUGUACUAUUACUGGUACGAGUUCACGCGGUCCUUCUUCGAAACCGCCGCGAUCAAGACCGGGCGCGCCUCCAAAAAGCUUACCACCGUCGAGACCAUGAUCGCGGGCGCCAUCGCCGGGUCCGCGACCGUAAUAUUGACGAACCCCAUCUGGGUCGUCAACACGCGCAUGACGACGCGGAAGCAGCAUUUGGAAGAAGAAAAGGGUGCGGGGGAACCAGGGGCCGCGAAGAAGAGGGCACCGACUACGAUCGGGACGCUGCUGGCGCUCGUGAGGGAAGAAGGGCCCCAGGCGUUGUUCAGGGGUGUUGUGCCCGCGCUGGUGUUGGUUAUGAACCCGAUAUUGCAGUACACCCUGUUUGAGCAGAUGAAGAACUUCUUCGAGAAGAAGCGGCGUAUCACACCUGGUGUGGCGUUCUUGUUGGGCGCGCUGGGGAAGUUGUUUGCCACGAGUAUUACGUAUCCGUAUAUUACCGUCAAGAGCCAGAUGCAUGUCGUGGACAAUGGGAAGAAGGAGGGGAUGGGACAGGCUAUUAGUCGGGUUAUUAAGGAGGAGGGGUAUGCUGGGUUGUACAAGGGUAUCGGACCUAAGGUCACUCAGAGCGUCUUGACUGCCGCCUUCUUAUUCGCGUUCAAGGAUGUUCUAUACGAGCAGACCGUGAAACUAAGAAGGGCGAAGAUCAGGGCUUAG